UGACCAGAGCUGAGCAUUUCAGAUCUGCUUAGUAAACCAGUGUAUCACCCACCAUGUUGGCUGCAAGCCUUGUGUGUCUCCGGACACUGCCUUCCAGAGUUUUCCAGCCCACUUUUAUCACCAAGACCUCUCCACUUGUGAAGAAUUCCAUCACAAAGAACCAAUGGCUCUUAACACCCAGCAGGGAAUAUGCUACCAAGACAAGAAUUUGGACCUACCAUGGGAAAACUGGCCAAGAACUGAAAGAGGCAGCCUUGGAACCAUCAAUGGAAAAAAUCUUUAAAAUUGAUCAGAUGGGAAGGUGGUUUGUUGCUGGAGGAGCAGCUGUUGGUCUUGGAGCGAUGUGCUACUAUGGCUUGGGAAUGUCUAAUGAGAUUGGAGCUAUUGAAAAGGCUGUAAUCUGGCCUCAGUAUGUGAAGGAUAGAAUUCAUUCUACUUACAUGUACUUAGCAGGAAGUAUUGGUUUAACAGCUUUGUCUGCCUUGGCAGUAGCCAGAAUACCUGCUCUCAUGAACUUUAUGAUGACAGGCUCUUGGGUGACAAUUGGUGCAACCUUUGCUGCCAUGAUCGGAGCUGGAAUGCUAGUACAGGCAAUAUCAUAUGAGCAGAGCCCAGGCCCAAAGCAUCUGGCUUGGAUGCUGCAUUCUGGUGUGAUGGGUGCAGUCGUGGCUCCUCUGACAAUCUUAGGAGGGCCUCUUCUCCUGAGAGCAGCAUGGUACACUGCUGGUAUUGUGGGAGGCCUCUCUACUGUGGCCAUGUGUGCACCUAGUGAGAAGUUUCUGAACAUGGGAGCACCCCUGGGAGUGGGCCUGGGUCUUGUCUUUGUGUCUUCACUGGGGUCUAUGUUUCUUCCCCCUACCUCUGUGGCUGGUGCCACUCUGCACUCAGUGGCAAUGUAUGGUGGAUUAGUUCUUUUCAGCAUGUUCCUUCUGUAUGAUACUCUAGUCAAAAGUGCAGAAAUAACACCCAUGUAUGGAACUCAAAAGUAUGAUCCCAUCAAUUCAAUGCUGACAAUCUACAUGGAUACAUUAAACAUAUUUAUGCGAGUUGCAACUAUGCUAGCAACUGGAAGCAACAGAAAGAAAUGAAGUGACCACUUGCGUCUCUGCUCACUGACCA